CCUCGGCCUGGUGAGCGUCCGCGUGGGAGCCGCGGCCACCUUGGCCACCUCGUUCCUCCAACCGCUUGCCGUCGCCUCCCAGGCUCCGCCCCCGCGGUGCUGCCGCAGGGUUAUAUUGGGCCGGGCCGAAGGUGGAGGCGACACGCAGCCGCGGCUGGCCAGCGCGGAUAUGCUGCCCCGGAGGCCGGGGGCGGGAAGGCGGCUGCGGGCCCUGUGGCCCCGCGGACUCGGCUCCGAGGGUGCUCAGGUCUAAAGGCGCCGGACCCUUCCCCGGCCGAGGCGCGCACAGCAUCCAGCACCAUUCCUGCGCCCGAGGACGCCCGCACGGGACCCGGGACUGCCAGUGAAGAUCCCCUCCUAGGCUCUUUUAACGACUAGCAGAUGCGAACGCUUCUUCCCUCCAGGAGGAAAUUGUAAGCUCGGAGCGCUCGGGCACCAGAGGGUGGAACCGCAGCCACCCUCAACUCACCUCAAAGUCUCUAAUCCUCGAACUGAAGGUAGUACCCACCCAACUCCUCCCUCUCCGCUCCUCUCAGUCCACCCAACACUCACAGGCCUUCCAAAGAAAAUUCUAGCGGAAGACGACUCUUCUACGGAAAAGUGACUGUCUCCCAAGACCAGGGAAAGCUCCCGGGAGAGAAAGCCAAGGCCCCCCGGCCUUGGGAUCCCAAUUCCAGUCCCCGGCGCCAGCUUCCCAAGACUGCGCGAAGGAGAAGGGUACGGCGCCCGGCGGGGACUGGGUGCGCGGGCAUGAAGUUGGAGGUGUUCGCCCCGCGCGCGGCCCACGGGAACAAGCCGGGCAGCGACCUGGAGGGCGCGGGCGGCAGCGACGUGCCGUCUCCGCUGUCGGCCGGCGACGACUCCCUGGGCUCGGACGGGGACUGCGCGGCCAACAGCCCGGCAGCGGGCGGCGGCGCCGGCGCCGGGGAUCUGGCGGCCUGUAGCAAGCGGAGCGCGGGCGGCGGGCCGGGCGCGGAGGAGGAGGGCCCCGCCGCGGCGGAGGAGGGGGGCGCGGCGGCCGGCGCGGCGGGGCCCGGCGCUGGGGGCGGCGAGGGCGCGCGCAGCAAGCCGUACACGCGGCGGCCCAAGCCCCCGUACUCGUACAUUGCGCUUAUCGCCAUGGCUAUCCGCGACUCAGCCGGCGGGCGGUUGACGCUGGCCGAGAUCAACGAGUACCUCAUGGGCAAGUUCCCGUUUUUCCGCGGCAGCUACACGGGCUGGCGCAACUCGGUGCGCCACAACCUCUCGCUCAACGACUGCUUCGUCAAGGUGCUCCGCGACCCCUCGCGGCCCUGGGGCAAGGACAACUACUGGAUGCUCAACCCCAACAGCGAAUACACCUUCGCCGACGGGGUCUUCCGCCGCCGCCGCAAGCGCCUGAGCCACCGAGCGACAGCCCCAGCGCCCGGGCUGCGGCCCGAAGAGGCCUCGGCCCAGCCCGCCGCGGCGUCCCCGCCGUCCGCGCCCACCGCCCCGACCUCGCCCCGGGCGCGCUCGCCCGCCCGCCAGGAGGAGCGCGCCAGCCCCGCGGGCAAGUUCUCCAGCUCCUUCGCCAUCGACAGCAUCCUCAGCAAGCCCUUCCGCAGCCGCCAGGACCGGAACGCGGCCCUUAGGGCGCAGCUGCCGUGGGCCGCCGCGCCCUGCCCGCCGCUGCCCGCGUACCCUGCGAUCCUCCCGGCGGCGCCCGGCGGGCCCCUGCUGCCGCUCUGCGCGUACGGCGCGGGCGAGCCACCGCUGCUGGGCACGCGCGGGGCCGAAGCACCGUCCGCCGCGCCACCGCCCGCGCCGCACCUCCUGCUCGCGCCCCUCUCGGCCCCGGCCCCCGCCAAGCCGUUCCGAGGCCCGGCGGCCGGCGGUGGUGCGCACCUGUACUGCCCCCUGCGGCUGCCCGCGACCCUGCAGGCGGCCUCGGCCUGCGGCCCCGGCCCGCACCUGCCCUACCCGGUGGAGACGCUUCUGGCCUGAGCCGUGCCGGGCGGCUGAGUCCCGCAGGGGUGGCGCAGUCGGGGAGCCGAGGAGCGCAGGCUUCCGGGCUUUGCACUUUCUAUCCAGAGGAAAUGGGACUUUUAGAAAAAAAUCUCCAUCAAACGUGCCUUAAACCUAAAGCAUUUUGACAGAAAUGUUUUAACUUAGUCCAGAAUAUUUUCCUUCAACUUUCAUAGCUUUACAGAGGACCAAAGCAGUUCUUAAUUGUUUUAGUUUCUUGGCCAAGCUUGUUCCUCCCUCCCUUCAUAAAGAUUUUUCUCUGUCCUUGCCGCCCAAGAUCCCUUUAUUCCUACUAUUUUUGUCGCACCUUUAUUGAUUUAUCCCCCUCCUCCCCAAAAAAGUACAUCAGGGAACCAUUCCAUAUGAUAAACGAUAUGACUACUGCUUGGGGUUUACUGGGCCCCAUCCGUGUACGUAUGUGGCAUUUACAGGUAUGACUGAGUGUGAGAAAGGUGUCAGAGAAUCUUAGGUCAUUUCUCUGCUAUCGACCAAUGCUUCACUGUGCCAAAAGGGAAAAAAAAUUUGUUGGGUUUUGUAAUUAAAUUAUUUAUAUAUUUUUGAGACCUGAAUUGAAAAUGUUGCAGGCAACAGGCCACAGCUUUAUUAGUGGUUCUCUAACUGUGGUCUCCUUGGGCCAAGUAAUCUCUUUAAAGGAAAAGUUAGCAUUAUGUGUGUGGGGUGCCAGGACCACUGCCACUGAAAAGCAAGUGUGAUUUUUAUUUUUAAUAUUAUUUUAUUUGUGUCUGUGUAUAUAUUCGUGUGUGAAUUUUAUGAAACCCAAGCAUAGUGCUUAUUUUUUAAUAAAAUGUACAGCUGACUUAAA